AUGGCUUCCUCUGGGAAGAGCAGGACCGCCAUGAAAGCGGCGAGGAUGAUAGCAGACGUAGCUGCAUGGUGCUGUGCUGUAUCCGUCAUAGCGCUCAUCUUGGUGGCCUCCAUGAGAGAGAACAAGGGCUCAAGCGUGCGAGGAAAGCGGUUCUUUGACCGGCCCUGCGAUGAGAUAUACGUGGUGCGCGAAGGAGAGACGCUCCACACGAUCAGCGACAAGUGCGGCGACCCGUUCAUAGUCGAGCGGAACCCGCACAUCCAAGACCCGGAUGAUGUUUUCCCCGGUCUGGUCAUAAGAGUCGUUCCUUUUGAGAUCAGCAGCAGGAAGAUGCUAGUGAGGUAG